AUGCCCUCAUUCUCAACCACCCCUCUGGUUCGAUCCAGAGAAGAUGGCUUGCAGAUCAGCUAUCGCCUGCCUCAUCGCAUUCACUCCGCCAAGGGUUACCCCCUCCGAGCUCCAAAUGGCUCAUCCAUCAUUGUCUACGGCUAUGACACUGGUCUGAAAGUUAUCUGGAGAGGAGGGAGACGCUUUGCAGAGUCAAAAGCACCAGCACCUGCAGAGAAACCGAGGCGCGCGGAAAACCAUGUGGACGACUCAGUAAUGAUUAUUGAUUCGGACGAGGAAGAGCCCGAACAGCCGGCACAAGAAGAGCCUAGCUACGGUUUCAGCCUGGAGGAAACUGAGGUCGAUCCUGCUGCUCCGUACGAAGAGAUCCUGCGACAGAUUGAUAUUCCCCUUGGAAGCCGAGUUCUGGAUGUGGCCGUUCCUCAAGUUCUCCCCGAAGAAUCACGCUCACCCCUUGACGCCUUCCCGCCCAUUUUGAGAAACACAACUGUCAUCUCUGUCGUUUGCUCCGACUUUUCGACACGAGUUGUGACUCUACCUCUUACGCCUCCUCAUCCUGCACAGACCGACUCUGUGACCUGGCGCAUUCAAACUCUCACGGUUCUCGGUGCCACUACCCAUCAAGAUACUCCCCGUGGAGUGUCUCUGACUUUCACCUGUCAGGAUAAUGAGGAAGAAGGCCCACGCAAAUCGCGGGGCCGGUUCGGUAACCGUGGAAAGUGGGACCUCCUUCUGGCCACACAUUCAGCAGAAGGGUCUGGCGCAUUGCUGUUGCACCGCAUUCCAAUCCGAGAGGAACCAUCUGGAUCAGGCUCCUACCGCUUUCUAGAGGAAGACAUUGUGUCUCAGCGACGACUUCUGCCGGCACCAGCGCAGACAAUCACCUUUAACCCUUCGCCAUGGCCAUCUCCUCGCCAUUCAACUCUCCUUGUUGCAUUCCACAGCGGGUGUGUCAAGGUCUACUCUUGUUUCUCUGUGAAAAAGGCCUCUAAAACUGCGCGACGGGCAUCCAUCCCACAGGAAGAGUAUGAAACUACCGAUAUGGAAGGCCGAUGGCUGAUCAGCCUGUACCCCGGCUUCGAGCCGGGACCCGUGGGGCUACCCCGAAGAAAGACAAUCGUUGAUGCUGAUUGGGUGCUGGGUGGUCAGGCUGUCAUGGUGCUUCUCGAGGAUGGUGACUGGGGCGUCUGGGACAUUGAAGGCGCCGGUCCUGGCGCUGCCAAGGGCCCGUUGCACCGCCAGACAAGCAUUCAAGGUGUUACCGGUGGUUCUUUGACUGCAUACGCAGUCAGUGGCCGUAUUGUCACACCACUUUCUAACACCCAGUCCGAGGCAGAACAGCGGCCCCGAUUUGCGCCUAUGACACCAUCCACCAGACGUGUCCGUGAAGAUGGCCUGUUGAAGGGAUCGACGACUGCGGCUAGUCCAUCUCACCGCGGCCAGAUUUCCGUCUUGCAAAUUAACUCGACGCAAGAUGCGCUGCCCGACGAAUCCAUCCUGCUCCGUCAUGGCCGUCAGAGUGCAGUUAUCCCAAGUCUGCUUUCCCUAUGGCGCAAUGCCGUGCAGGCGAAGGGUACAUUUGAUGCUUCCAACCGCUGCCGAGUGUCUCCCUUCCAAGAUGUCAAUCUGAUGGGCCAGAACUUCCAAGCUAUUGGCCACCUACCAGCACCUGUUCGCCGUUCUCGCCAAGCAGAACGACAAGUCUUCGAUGUUCUCGUGGCGGCAGAGCACCAAUUGAUGAUCCUUGCCCCUACAUUAGUUGAAUCCGACGAACCGAGCCAGCUCUCCGUGAAAUCGGAAGCAACUCCCGAAACUGAUCAGCUCAUGCUGAAGCGUGGUGAGCUGGAUGUGGAAGGAAUGGGCCGACUCCUGAAUGGCAUGGCCAACGGAGCGGCGUCUCUACGUAUGGGCAGCCCAGUCAAGCGGACUCGUAUUUUCGCUUGA